AUGAUCAAGACCCGCGCAAACUGCACCCGAGCUCCUUCGCCAAAGCCGGGGGUACAGAGUAUGUGGGGGCCCAACUAUCAACCCAGCAUCAAGGUCAUCCUCAGAAGGAUGGCCGAUGACGAUUCGUACCGAAUCCCUGUAUGCGACCACACCAGAGAGAUCAUCGGACAAGUCGACUAUUCCGCUAGCAGAGCCUUGGCGCCUUUGCUGGACUUCAAUAUCCGCGUCAGGACCGACUGUCGCAUCCCCCCGCAGCCCAUUGCCCCGGGCCAAGAACCUGGCCAGGCUGUAUCGCGCUCCUACCUACUUGAUAUUGUCUUGUAUGGGCCCUUCAAAUACGCCAGAAAUGUUGGAGCCAUCCUCGAGCGGAAUCAAGUGCCGCUUCACCAGCCCUACAUCAUUCAACGAGGCAUCAGGCUCUGCAACCCGCACACUCCUGAUUACGCGCGCGCAAUGAAGAAACAGCCGUCAAGGGCGGGUGCGGGUCGUGAGGGAGACCGCUCUCGGAGCGCAAACUUCACUCCCAGAACUGUUGAGGAAGUUCGCUCGGAAGUCAUGGGAGUUUUCGAUUCUCUUACCAGGAGCGACGAAUUACCAACCAUGGAUCCCCCAAGUUCUAUUCUGACGCCUCUGCUUACCCAUCAGAAGCAGGGGCUCUACUUCAUGAUGGCAAGGGAAAAGCCUCGCGAGCUGCAACUGCAGGAGAAGGGCAUGGUGUCCUUCUGGCGGACCAAGCCCAGUCCGAGUGGACAGAUCUUCUUCCACAAUGUCAUCACUGGCGAGAGCCAGGCCGCUCCCCCUUCUGACACCCGCGGCGGUAUACUCGCUGAUAUGAUGGGCCUGGGCAAAACACUCAGCAUCCUGUCGCUCGUAGCAACCACCAUGGAUGAGGCACAGCAGUUUCAGCACCUCUCGCCUGAGCAGCCGUCCGCGCCGGAAACAAGACAGGCAAAACGCGACUUGGACGCGGCGCAGGCACCACUGGGCCUGACGCCCCUGACCCGAAACACCAAGUCGACCCUGAUCAUAUGCCCUCUCAGCACAAUCACGAACUGGGAGGAGCAAAUCAAGCAGCACAUUGCCCCUGGUCAGCUUACCUAUCAUGUCUAUCACGGUCCGAACCGUAUCAAAGAUUUGGCGCGGCUGGCACAGUUCGACAUUGUCAUUACAACUUACGGCUCCGUCUCCAACGAGCUCAGUUCUCGUCGCAAGGCCAAAAUGGGCAGCUUCCCUCUUGAAGAGCUUGGCUGGUUCCGCAUCGUUCUCGACGAAGCACACAUGAUUCGGGAGCAGUCGACAAUGCAAUUCAAGGCCAUAGUUCGGCUUCAGGCCCAGAGGCGCUGGGCGGUUACCGGGACUCCGGUCCAAAAUCGACUAGAUGAUUUUGCCGCCCUCUUGUCGUUCCUCCGCCUGGAGCCCUUCCACCAAAGAGCCAAGUUCCUUCGUCAUAUCGUGGAGCCCUUCAAGGCUUGCAAUCCUGAUAUUGUGCCCAAGCUCCGCGUUCUCGUCGACACAAUCACACUCCGCCGCCUCAAGGACAAGAUCGAUCUGCCUUCACGGGAGGACUUUAUCGUGAGACUCGAUUUCAGCCCAGAUGAGCGCGGCAUAUAUGACCUUUUUGCUCGCAACGCCCAGGACAGGGUCAAGGCCUUGGCCGGAAACCCCACCUCUGGAGCUCUUGGCGGCAACACGUACAUUCAUAUUCUCAAGGCCAUCCUUCGUCUACGCCUACUCUGUGCACAUGGCAAAGACUUGCUGAAUGAAGAAGACUUGGCGGCCCUGAAAGGCAUGUCGGCAGAGAUGGCGAUCGAUAUUGAUGAGGACGAUGAAAAUGCCGAAGGCGCGCUAUUGUCUCAUCAGAAGGCUCACGAGAUGUUCACACUGAUGCAAGAUACGAACAACGACGCGUGCAUACAAUGCAACAAGAAGAUCUCCCAAGAGCAAACCUCAAUGGACGCCGAAAAGGAAGACGACACGCUAGGAUACAUGACGCCUUGCUUCCAUGUGGUGUGUCAGUCGUGCAUAAGAAGCUUCAAGCAGCGAGCCAAGGCUGCUCUGCCGCCUGGCCAGCUUGCAGGUCCCUGCAUCGUUUGCAAUGCGCAUGUUCGGUUCGGCUUCGUCAACAUCCGCCGUUCGGAUGUAGAGGGUGAACAUGAUGGUAUUCUCAAGUCUGCCAACAAGCCGAAAGAAGUCGCCAAAGACUUUGACAAGUAUGACGGACCUCAUACCAAGACCAAGGCCCUCCUUGAGGAUCUUCUCAAGUCCAAAGCUGCCAGCGACGCCAAUCCACAAGAAGCACCCUUCAAGUCAGUUGUUUUCUCAGGCUGGACGUCCCAUUUGGACCUCAUCGAGCUGGCGCUUAAGGAAGCAGAUAUCAGAUUCACCAGGCUUGAUGGCAGCAUGACACGACAGGCACGCACGGCUGCCAUGGACACAUUCCGCGAUGAUCCCAACAUUCACGUCAUUCUUGUUUCCAUCACCGCUGGUGGGCUGGGCCUGAACUUGACCGCCGGCAACAACGUCUAUGUUAUGGAGCCGCAGUACAACCCUGCGGCUGAAGCUCAAGCGAUCGAUCGUGUGCACCGCCUGGGUCAGAAACGCCCCGUGCGCACAAUUCGGUACAUCAUGCGCAACAGCUUUGAAGAGAAGAUGCUUGAGCUGCAAGACAAGAAGGUGAAGCUGGCAAGCCUCAGCAUGGACGGCCAAAACAAGGCUUUGGACAAGGCUGAGGCAGCGAGACAGAAGCUCAUGGAUCUCCGCAGUCUCUUCAAAUGA